CCCCGUUUGCCGGAAAAUCUGGCUCCGCCUCCACCAACGAACUUCCCUGCCUCUGUGAUCUCCCUCCUCCUGAAUCCCUUGAAUUAUCCGUAAUCGACGGGCAUUUUCAUCGGUAGACGUAAGCGUCGUUUAUGCUGGAAUCGUAUUAGGAUGAUAAUCGCAUCAGCAUUCCAGAAUUGCUGAUUUGAAAUUGCGAAUCGUUGCUUGCGAUCAUGUCAUCUUCCAUCUGGCCGUAUAAUUCCGCCUCUGCCGCGUCUUCGUCGUUGAGUUUCCAGCAGCUCGUGCCUCCGCCUGUGGAUACAGGCACUCCCGAGAAAUUCCGUCCCAGGCAAAGUUUCAGUAAUGUAUUCCAGUUGUUAGCUCAGAGAGAGGUAUCUCCUCAUAGAAAGCGUUCGGCCAGAAAAUUUUGGGGCCAGGACUCCAGUCACUGUGCUGGUGCCUGCAGAACUAGAUGUGAAUCAGCCAAAGAUGCUAGACAAGAACUUCGUUCAUGGGUGGAGUCAGGGUCAUUGCUGCAUAUAUCAGCCAAGUAUUGUUCUCUACAGCCUCGACCUAGGUCAACAAUUGCUGCAGCCUUUAGUCCUGAUGGAAAGACACUUGCAUCGACACACGGAGACCAUACUGUGAAAAUAAUCAGUUGUCAAACUGGAGAAUGCUUGAAAGUGUUAAGUGGUCAUCGGAGGACUCCUUGGGUGGUUAGAUUUCAUCCACUUUAUCCUGACAUUCUCGCUAGUGGAAGUCUUGACCAUGAAGUUCGAUUAUGGGAUGCAAAAGCUGCCAAGUGUAUAGGAUCGCGGAAUUUUCAUCGUCCGAUAGCUUCAAUUGCAUUCCAUGCCAGAGGGGAAAUUUUAGCCGUUGCCUCUGGUCACAAGCUCUACAUGUGGCAUUACACCAAGGGACGCAAUGCUUCCUCACCAACGACUAUAUUAAAGACUCGCCGUACGCUUCGGGCUGUGCAUUUCCACCCACAUGCUACACCAUUUCUUCUGACUGCUGAGGUCAAUGAUCUUAACUCAUCUGACCUUUCAAUGAUCCCUGCAACUUCGCGUGGCUACUUGCACUACCCUCCCCCUACUAUAUAUUUGGCAGAUGAACAUACAAACUAUCAGUCAAAUUCAAGAAAUGAUGUUCCCGCCAUGCCUGUACCGUUUUUAAUAUGGCCCUCACUCAGCAUAGAUGAUGGGACUUCACAACAGAGUGAUGUGGAUAUUAGCUCUUAUGCUUCACAACAAAGGGUGGAUACUUCUGCCUCUGUGCGAUUGCUCACAUAUUCAACUCCAUCUGGUCAAUAUGAGCUGGUAUUGUCUCCGAUAGAAUCUAGUAGCUCUACUACACAAGAUGAGCGGCGAAAUAAUCAUUCAACAAGGGAAAUUGGAAAUGCUGUUUCUGAGCAUGCAAGGGAUGCAAUGCACACAGAUAUGCUAGCUCAAGGGAGAAGCAAUCAGUUUUUUCCAUUUGGUGACCCAGCAAAUUGGGAGCUGCCAUUUUUGCAGGGUUGGUUGAUUGGUCAAAGCCAAGCUGGCCAACGUGCAAUGCACUCACAAAAUGGAGACAGUAAUGGAGGUCUGCCUUCCCAUAGUGCUAUAGGGGACCUAUCAACAGUCGUUCGUCCAGUAUCUCUUAGUACAGGCAGUAAUUUAAGGAUUCCUAGAAGAUCUGGCUUGCGCAACCAGUCUCGACGCACCCGUGCAAUUUCAACAGCAAGAUCUGGAGAUACUGCUGCUUUUAACAGUAUCCAACCUGAUCAGAGCAAUGCUCAGCCUUUCAUGAACCAAAUCCAGUCUGAGGUUGCCACAUCACUGGCUGUGGCUGCUGAGUUGCCUUGUACCGUAAAGCUUAGAAUAUGGUCUUAUAAUUUAAAAAAUCCAUCCACACCUCUUGAUUCAGGACGAUGUCAGUUAAUAAUUCCUCAUGCCGUACUUUGUAGUGAAAUGGGUGCUCAUUUUUCACCUUGUGGAAGGUUUUUGGCAGUCUGUGUAGCAUGCAUUCUACCAUCAACGGAUGUUGAUCCAGGGUUUAAUAGCCCAAUUCAUGGUGUAAUUGAGGCCUCGACAUCACCUACUCGACAUCCGAUUUCAGCUCAACGGGUUAUGUAUGAGCUAAGAAUAUAUUCCCUUGAAAAGAGCACAUUUGGAUCUGUUCUGGCCUCUCGGGCAAUCAGAGCUGCUCACUGUUUGACAUCAAUACAGUUUUCUCCAACCUCUGAGCAUCUUUUACUUGCCUAUGGUCGGCGUCAUAGUUCACUUCUUAAAAGUGUUGUCAUUGGUGGAGAUACAACAGUACCCAUAUACACUAUUCUGGAGGUCUAUAGAGUUUCUGAUAUGGAACUUGUGCGAGUUCUUCCAAGUGCAGAGGAUGAGGUUAAUGUAGCUUGCUUCCACCCUUUAGUUGGAGGUGGGCUUGUAUACGGAACCAAGGAAGGAAAGCUGAGGAUCCUUCAAUGUGAUGGUUCGCUCGGCUUCAGUUCCAAGAAAUCCCUCAUUCCAGAUGAUAAUAACAUGGUGGAGGUUCCAACAUCGGAAUAGGAAAGUUGCUCGUGAUACCUCAUAAAAUUACAAGAAUGAGAAUAAGCUUCUUAUUCGCACAAUCCGGACUCAUGGAGCAUGGCAUUAUGAAGCGGAAGCUGUCCUCAAAUAUGUCUUUAAGGCCGAGGACCAGCAAGCUCAACGGUGUUUCUUGUUUGUGGCAGGCUGGUUCCCAAUCUAACAAGUCGCAAAGAUAAAUUGCAGUUGACAAUUUGCUAAAGAGGAAUGCUACGAAAGUAGAGAAGGAAAGGUUGUGCUGAUGCGGUGGUCGAUUUUGGAUUUUUCCGGUCACUGGCUAAUUUAGCUGCUGUGAGUAUGUAUUCUUUGGGCAAUUCUGCAGAAUGCCUUAUUGAUUAUUGAUUUGAGAGGAAGGGACUAAUCUUAAUAUUCCCUUAUAUAUCAACAUUCUGGUUUCUGAUGAAUUAAAAACUACGUGGGUAUUCAUUCACACACACAUCUUCUGCUUUAA